AUGACUCUUGUCGUCUCUCUUCUUCUUUUGUACGGUAUUUUCUCAGAAUGCGCCCAGAACAGUGACUGCGGGGGUGCGACCGGCGUCUGCAACGUCACGAUCGGCGGCAAGAAGUACUGCUCCAAGUGCGACGGAGCACGGGUCCCCGUCAACGGAGACUGCAGGCUGCUGAGCCUCUCGCGGAGCAUAUGCAUAGUUCCUACAGAUAGCACCCCCACUCCAGGCUCCUGCUCGGGCUGCAUCCGUGACUUCCUCUUCUACAGGGGCGGGUGCUACCGCACGGCAUCCCUGAUCAACGCCAUAUGCAAGGAGAAGCACAUCGUCGAGGAGGGGAUGUACUGCGGGGCGUGCGCCAUCGAGGGCGACGUCCCGAUCGACGGGGUGUGCGUAGCAGCAAGCGCAGAUAGCUCUGGAAACACGUGUGACAAGGGCGUGUGCACGACAUGUGGCAACGGAUACUUCUUCCACUACGGGUCGUGCUACAAGUUCGGAGGGUCCCCGGGUGCCAACAUUUGCUCUGACAGUACUAGCACUACUGGCUCUGUCUGUGGCUCUUGCGGGUCGAAGUUUGUCAAGAACCCUAGUGCGGGCCCAUCUGCCACCUCCUGCUUCGCGUGCUACGGCCUGGACGGGACCCUCUUCUGCGAGCGCUGCCGGAUGAACGUGCUCACGAGCACAGAUGUGAAGCCCACCCUCUGUACGAAAUGUAAGUCGGGGCACAUCCCCCUCGAUGGACGAUGCAUCUCCGCCUUCUCUGCUGCUUCUGCACUCGCCGGCUGCUCCACCUACAAAGGUUCAGACAAUGCCAUGGGACUUUGCGAAACGUGCUCCUCCGGCUACAUGCUCUUCUACGGGAGCUGCUACUCUGUCAACGGCCCCCUCGCCCAGGCCAUCUGCAAGACCGAGAACCAGAUCUACCUCGGGGGAAGAGUCUUCUGCAAGCAGUGCGCCCAGACAGACCACUACCCCAUCAACGGCUUAUGCAUUGCUGAUAAGGGAUCACAUACGUGCGAGGCGGGCAUCUGCACAGCAUGCGACACCAGCACAACCCCCGUCGACAACUCCAAGGUUUUCCCGUUCUAUAACGGCUGCUAUGAUGCAAACUCUGCAAUCGGAAAGCUAAUAUGCCAGGAGGCGUCUAAUGGAGCGUGCUCAACUUGCAAUACAAACGAGACAUCGAAUAUAAUAGCUAAUCCUAAUUCUGCAGAUGGCCAACCAAAAUGUCUUGGAUGUUGGGACGAGGCAGCUACUGGGGUGGCCAACUGCGGAGGGUGUGCGACCGGCACAGACGGCGAUUCCAAGAUCGUCUGUAGCAAGUGCACCGACUCGACGGAACCCAAAGACAACACGUGCCCUCAGGCCCUCCCGCCCACAACGCCUGAAGGAUGCGCCGUCCAGGGCUGCCAGGCGUGCUCGAAGGACUCUGCCACGACGUGCGACACUUGCUUCUCUCCACUUGUCAUGAAGGAGGACAAGACGAAGUGCUUCGGGAGCUGCCUUGCGCUGGGUCUUGGCUACUACAACGACGCCGGUGUGUGUAGGCCAUGCACCAGCAAGUGCCUCACGUGCACAGACGGGACCACAUGCACCCAAUGCGCCGAAGGGUACUAUCUCGAGGUGUCGGGCGCCGGCUCAACGACGGGGACCUGCAAGGCGUGUGCCGCUGGGUGCUCGACGUGUACUGGUGCUGGUGAUAGCCUCUGCUCCACGUGCGUCACAGGGUACUACGCCGCAUUCAACGUUAGGCAGGGAGGACCCGGAAAGUGCGUUCAAUGCAGCGUCUCUGAGGACGGGUACACUGGCGUUGAGCAUUGUGCAGCCUGCUACAGCACUACAGGGCAGACAACUGGUGCCAAGAAUGUGGUCUGUGAGAGCUGCGAGGACGGGUACCUUAAAGAACAUGUCGAUAACAAGGUCGUCUGCAACCCACCAGCCCCGAAGUGCACGGUUCCGUUGUGCGCCAUAUGUGUCGAAAACGACGCGAUGAGGUGCGAGCACUGCACGACCGGCGCGUACCUCUGCCCGCGGACGGCGGCGUGCACGAAGGACUGCGCCAGCUGCGGCGGCUCGAUGUACCCCGACGAGGACCUCGGGGAGUGCCAGCCGUGCGACAUCACAAACUGCCUGGUCUGCGCGACGGGGCUCAAGUGCGAGAGCUGCGCGGAGAACGCCGUCCCCAUCUCCCCGGACGUCUACCAUACGGCGUGCAUGGGCUGCAGCGACACCGGGGGCAUGGACGGCUGGGUGGGCCUCGCGGGGUGCACGACCUGCGAGCUGACCGACAAGGGCGGCGGGAGCGUCAACUGCCUCGACCCUGGCUACUACCGGCGGGGCGGGCUCGGCGGGGGAGCAAUCGCCGCCAUCGUCAUCGUCGUCCUCCUCGUCCUGGCCGUCGCCGGCUUCCUCGUCUGGUGGUUCGUCUUCAGGAGGGGCGGCCGGCCCAAGCGCGGGGCGAAGUACACAUCGCUCAUGCGGGGCGAGUCCUACGACUACCGCCAGUCCCUAAUAUGA